GAUCGCCAACUCGCUCUCUCUGCGUUUCGUUGCGAUGGAAACAGAGGUUUCAUCAAGAAAGGAAAUCAGAGAUCCCUCUCUUCCUCUCUCCUCCUUGCGCCUUUUGGUUCCCCCUCUACGACUGUUCUCUGCAGCCAUGUGGCAAGUGGUGCAGCAGCGAGACAUAAUGCAUUAUGGGAAACUGGAGGAGUUUGUGACUUUGGUGACAGAGGCAGUCCCAGAGCUGCUGAGUUACAGACAGAGGAACCAGCUGAUUCUGGCACUGCGAGCGAGGAGCUCUGAUGUGAAGGUGGAGGCAUCAGAAGCUGAUUUUGUGGAGCUGGUCCAAACCCUGCUGAAAGACCCAGCUGAGAGAGAGCACUUCCUCCAGCUGGGUCCCAGUUAUGACUCAGCUCUGCAGAUGCUGGUGUGGGAGUUCCUCUCCAGACUGGAGCAGCUGCUGCCAGUACCAGACCUCGAACAGACUGUGUCCUGGCUCAUUGCUGCCCCCUCUGUCCUGGAGGAGUGUGUGCAGUCUGCCUCUGACCCACAGCAGCUUAAGACCCUACUCCAGCACCACAGAUGUGUUGGACACUUGGACAGGAAUGUGACUCCUCCCUCCAUAGACAACUGUAUCCUGUCCUCACUUUCCCUAACACCAUUUGGAAAAGUUGAUGAUUCGGCUGAACUGAUUGAAUGUGAUAACCAAUCAGAACCUGCAUAUGGCUCCAAAAAGUUAAGCACCCCCUCUUCAGGUGAAGAGAUGACAGAAUGUGUGAUGGACAGCAGAGAUUACACAGUAGUGGAGCUGGGAUCAGGUCUGAACAGAAGUGAAGACAUAGAGGAGAGGAUGGAGAGGAAGACUGGAUAUGGGAUGAGCAGGGAGGAGAUAGACAUACUAUCCAACAUAAAGGUGGAGGAAGAGGAAGGUGGGGACAGUAAGGAGAUGAAGGAGGAUGGUGUGAAAGACGAAGAGGACAAGGGACUUUGGAGGGAGGGCCAAAAAGAGAGAGAUGAACAGAGGGAGAGAGGUGAAAGUGAUCCAGCCAUCCAAACUGACAGAGAGCUGAAGAAUGAAGGAAAAUCAGACUGUAGCCAACAGGAAGGGGAGGGCCUUUCACCUCAGGUCACGUCCUGUCUUCUCAAACAGCCUAGAGUGCUGAUUCGCCGACUUGAGGUCACAGAGAUGUCAGUUCCUGUAUCAUCACUUCCUCAUCCUGUGGUCAGUAAUGGGAACCAGGGAGUGAGAUCUCAAUGGAGACGGGAUGAGUUUACUCCAGGGAUGGAAGAGGGCUCACUGAGGCAGAAGGAACAGGUCAUGAUCCAGAAGGAGGAGAUGAUUGACAGCUUGGAGAACCCCCUGAAAGAGCCUCCAGAUUCAUCAGAGCCAGAGAUCUGUGCUGAACCCUCCUUUGAAUCUUCUGUCAUCCCCCUCAGUAAAGGAAACACAGGGCAGACAGCUGAGGUGGCGUCUCAGGUCUUUGCCUGCUCCCAGUGCCCAUUCACUCACAUGGAAGAAGUGAACCUUCAGCAGCACAUUGAGAAGGUUCACCCAGAGGAGUACAGCAGGAUUCUGGAAUCUGGAGGAAAUGGAGCAGAGAACCCACUGCCUCCCAGCAGCACCCCUCAGCACCCCACACAGACCUUCAGUCAAUCAACUACUUUGAAGAAACAUCAGCGAACCCAUACAGGAGAGCGGCCAUACCACCACUCUCAGUGUGGGAAGAGUUUCACUCAAUCAAGUGCUCUUAAAAAACACCUGAGAAUUCACACAGGGGAACGUCCAUUCCACUGCGCCCAAUGUGAGAAGAGCUUCAGUCAUAUGAGCGGUUUGAGAGAGCACCAGCGAAUUCACACAGGGGAGCAUGUCUACCAUUGCUCACAUUGCAGGAAAAGCUUCAUCUACCAAUAUGACCUGAUGCAACAUGAGCAAAUGCACACAGGUGAGCAUCCCUAUCACUGCUCCCAGUGUGGGAAGAGCUUCCCCUAUCAGUCAGCCUUAACACAACAUCAGCGAAUCCAUACAGGAGAGCGGCUGUACCACUGCUCCCAGUGCGGGAAGAGCUUCACCUAUGAGUCAGCCUUAACACGACAUCAGCGAAUCCAUACAGGAGAGCGGCCGUACCACUGCUCCCAGUGUGGGAAAAGUUUCACUCGAUCGAGUGUUCUUAAAAAACACCUGAGAAUUCACACAGGGGAACGCCCAUUCCACUGCUCCCAGUGUGGGAAGAGUUUCACUCAAUCAAGUAAUCUUAGACGACACCAGCAAAUUCACACAGGGGAGUGCCAGUCUGCUGAGAUCAGCACCGGAAGCGAUUCAGUUGAUCAGGUAGUCUAAAGUGACACUAGUAAUCACAGAGGGCAGUGCUAUUCCACUGCUCUCAGUGUGGAAAGACUCACCGAGAGAUUUGACAGAACUCCAAGUCACAGAGAACUGUGAUUACGCUGUUCUAGUGUGGUAAGCUUUGAGCAAUCUGGGAAAACGGCAGUGAUCUCAUGCAAAAGAGCACUCACUGCAUGCUCAGGGCAGCUGA